AGAAAAAAAAGGAAAAAAUGGAGCUGGAAAAAAGCCUACACCAGACCGUACAGUCCUAGAGAGAGAGAAAGAGAAAGCACACGAAACACACGCUCCGUUACAGUCUUAGAGAGAAACAAAACCCAUCUCUGUCCAUCUCAGUCUCUCUCUCUUUCUUUUUCGGAUUCGCGACGCAAACCCCAGCGGCUAAGAGAGCGGACGUAUCCGAUCUUCUUCCUUCCCUCUUCCUUCCAGAACAUUCUAGAACCCUCCACGAUCCCCGUUCUCUGUAAAGCACACAGCAAUAACACACGUCCCUAUCUCUCUCAGACUCUCACUUGUUACACUCUAAACUUGUACAUAAGCUUCUCCCUAAAAAACAAAAAGCAGAAAGAAACAAAACCUGGCUUCCAUGGAGCUUUACGGUCGCAACCCGGGGAGGAACGGGUCGAACCCGGGGAAUCAGCCCGAAUGGCGCUCGCCGGGCCCCGAUACUGGCCUCGAAGAAUCAAUGUGGCAGUUGACUCUGGCUAGCAGCGAAUCGUACCCGGAGCGACCCAGUGCUCCGAAUUGCGUGUAUUACAUGCGAACUGGGUACUGCGGAUAUGGUGCAAGGUGCCGUUACAAUCACCCUCGUGACCGUGCUGCGGUUGCUGCGGCUGUAAGAGCAACAGGGGAGUACCCGGAAAGAGCAGGGGAACCUCCAUGUCAGUAUUAUCUAAAAACUGGAACAUGUAAAUUUGGUGCAUCCUGUAAAUUUCACCAUCCAAAACAUGGAGGUGGAUCUUUGAGCCAAGCACCGCUAAAUAUUUAUGGAUACCCAUUACGGCCGGGUGAGAAAGAAUGCUCCUAUUAUUUGAAAACGGGGCAGUGCAAAUUUGGUGUGACUUGUAAAUUCCAUCAUCCUGCUGCUGGCACAUCAUUGCCGGCUUCUGCACCUCAAUUUUAUCAACAGGUGCAAUCUCCUACGGUUCCUCUGCCUGACCAAUACGGGGGAGCAUCCACAAGCUUGAGAGUGGCUAGGCCUCCUAUGUUGGCUGGUUCGUACGUUCAAGGGGCUUAUGGUCCUGUACUUCUUUCUCCAGGAGUUGUUCCAUUUCCUGGAUGGAGUCCUUAUUCGGCACCUGUUAGUCCUGUGUUAUCUCCUGGUGCUCAACCUGCUGUUGGGGCUACUUCUCUAUAUGGAGUGACCCAAUUGUCUUCAUCAACAUCAGCUUUUGCUAGGCCAUAUACUCCACUGCCCUCUUCUAUUGGCCCCUCAGGCAGUGGUCAGAAGGAGGAAGUUUUUCCUGAACGUCCUGGCCAACCUGAAUGCCAAUACUAUCUUAAAACAGGGGACUGUAAAUUUGGAUCGGCUUGUCGAUAUGAUCAUCCACGGGAUAGGGGUGUGACACGACCACUCCUCAGCCCCAUUGGUCUUCCUCUUCGUCCGUUGUAGGCCUCAAUGACUUAUUUGCUUAAUCUACUCUUUUGCCUGGAAUGAACUGAAGACUUGGAGCCAAGUGUUUUCUGAGUCAUCUGAUUAGAUAUAAAUUCUGUAGAUCUUGGCUCAAUUAUAUUGCAUUAAACAUGCGGAUUUGUACUUAUUGUGGUUCUCUGAUGUUUUGCUUCCUUCAACAUUUGUUGAUUUUUCUUCAGGAUAUUUCGCGACAUAAUUGAAUCUAUGUAUUGUACGCUGAUCAUGAAAUUUAAGGGAUUUAUUUCUUCUCCUUUUUGAACUAUAGUUUCCCAUAUAAGAGGGUGAAACAUGCAUAUGGCUUGGAGAACUUUAUGAAGUAUUUACUUUUUAUUUUUACUUGGGGCAUGUAUCUUGGCAGUUUGUUUGAGACAAAUAAAAUACAUGCCUGGGGCAAAGCUACAUUGACAUCUAGUGUCUGUAUGCAAAACGCAUGACCCCCUAUAUUUUUAGCUAUUCGAUAAAGCGAAGAUGUUAAUUAAAGAUGUGUGUUUUCCUUCUCUCGCUAUAUCAGCUGAUAUUGUCAUGUUAAAAAACCACUUCUCUGAUUCUGGACAGCAUUGACGUAUGCUGAAUUCCUGUUUUGACCAUUUACUUGUGUCAGACCACAGUUUUUUGUUGUGUUAUGCAUAUCUGCGCAAUGAACCCAUGUUUGCAAAUGACUUUUUGAAACAUCUUUAUGUACUUGUAUGUCGAGCUGAUAAAUAUUCCAACUUAGGCUAUGACACCGGGACUUAUUGAUUAUUCUGAGAAGAAACUUAUAUUAAUAGGAUUCGGAAUAAGAAGUCUCUGAGGGUAUCGAGUACCCAUGUGUGGCAUUUAAGUCAUAACCCUGAUGUCAGUUGCACAAGGUCAAACUUGAUAGUGAUAGGAAUCAAAAGUAACUGUCAUAGUGCUAUCAAUGAUGAAUAAA